CGCCCCCCCCCCAGCGGAGAUUGCAUGCUGCCGACCGUCGAUUUUCGCAUUCUCCGCGUUCUUGGUCUCUUGGUCUCUCUCGCCGAACUUUUCUGUGUUCAGGCUUCUUCUUUUGCGUUCUCUUAGUCGCUCUCUUUCGGUUUUUCCCCGCCAUGUUCUCUGCCUGCUCUCUUGCUCCGCGUCACUCGUAUUGUGUCUACCUCGCCGUCUCUCUCCUCGUUUGUCAGUUAAACGCUCCUCUGAUCUCGACCCUGUAGGCGGGCAUCUGCUUUUUCCCUCACCACAGACUCCGCAGCAUUUUCUCGUCUCUUGCAUGCCUGUGGCUCUUUGCCCUCGCUCCACGGUGGUCGGAGGUCUGAGAGGCAUCGAGUUCUCCAACCAUUUCUGCCUCCUCGCCGCCGCUUCUGGAAAGAGGUCUCUCUCGCGCCCUGCCUCUGUCUCUUUCUUCUCUCUCUCCUCUUCUUCGUGUUGUCUCUCUCUGCUCGUUUUUUUCUGCUUCUUCUUAUGUUCUCGUCCUUCGUCGUGACUCUUCUCCCGUCUUGCUUCGCCGCUCUUCUCAGUCGCGCUCUAUCUCUGCUGCGCUGCUUUGUGCCUUUCCAGAGACACAAAGAAAGAAAAUGGCGAGACUCGAAAACGCUUCUCGCGGGUCCGUUUGGGGUGUACAGACACCUUGCGCGUGCAGGGAAAACUGUCUCCGGGGGAGCUUGCCACGGUGGUAGCGGGGAACGGCGCAGCGUUUGUUUUCAGGACCAUGGGAGACGCGCCGCGAGAAGACACAAGGGGAGAAGGACAGGGCGCUCUUCCUUUCCGCUCUGUCUCCUCUUCGCCUUCUCGACUUGCCUGGCGAUGGUUCUCCCUCCUUUUCUUCUGUCUCCUCUCUGUAGGGCGCUGCUCUGCUUUGUCUCUCGCGCCUUCCUUGUCGCAGGUUCCUCGCUCUUUCUGCAAAGCCUCGUCUGCCACGGUCUUCUCGCUCUCUCCUCUCUCCCUCGGUUCGAACGCCUCUGACUUCCGUCCCCAGUUUCUCUCUCCUCUGUCUUCUCUCUCGUCGAGUUGGUCGUCGUCUUCCGUGUCGUUCGUCUUUCCUUCUCGUUCCUGGCAUCCGUCUCCAUCGAGAGGCGACCUAUCUCUUCCAGCAUAUUGUCCUGUCUCUGCCUCUUCGUCGCUCUCGCCUUCGGGGCUCCUGCUUUUAUCGGAAGAAGGAGAGCCGCGUUGCGCAGAUUCCGCGGUCGUCCUCUCUCCUCGCCGCCUGCCGACGGACUCGAGACUCAGCGCGACUUCGCUUCUCUGCGCGUCUACGCGCGCCUCUUUCGCCUCUCGCUGUUUGCAUGCCCGGGCGUCUCCUUCCUGUCCUCGUCCCCCGUCGUCUGCCGUCUCUGCUGGGUGUGCUGCGCCGCAGCCGCCUUCAGUGCCCACUCUGUCCCUUCCCUCGUCUCCCGCCAGUUCUUGUCGCUGCAUGCAGCCUGGCUCGCCGUCGCAGCUGCUCUGUCGCAGUAGAACGACGCUGGGCGCCGUCGCCGCUGCCGCCCAAGCAGAAGCAGAAACAAGAGAGACGGAGACAGAGAAGAGGGAGACGGAGACAGAGAAGAGGCGGCUUCCUAGGCUUCCUGCGUUCCCGCCAGAGACGUCUGUUUCGGAGACGCCGUUUGCAGAGGGUUCGAGUUCGGAGAGAAGGCGAGGCAGGCAAGGCGAGACUCCGAGCGAAGAUCCGUUAGUGGGGAUUCGCGAGUUGUUUGAGAAGCUGAGAGAAAAGGAGCGUCGCCGACGAGUGCAUGCGCGGACAGUCGCCAGUCUCCCGCGCUCGCUGCGGCAAAGGAAACUGGACAGAAUCCAAGGCUAUCUGCCAAACAGGUACCAGCACCACAGGAAUCCGCAUGUUCGCCGAGGCGUGUUGCGCUGCUUCCCGCCUACGCGCAUGCAUCGCGUCUCACGGAGGGACAGAGCCACAGCGAAGACCGAGGAAAACAGCGAAGACUCUGAACCGGAACAAGGCGAGAGAUCCGAGAGAGAUGAGGCGGAAAAUGAUGAGAGAGAGACGAUCACCUUCAAUCCGAUGGACGAUCCUGAGGUGGAGGCACCGCCGCCGCUGUCUGCCUUUGCCUGGCCUCCAGGGUGCUACCUGCGAAUCGAGUAUAGUGCAAACCGAGCUGACGACGCAGACGAGACUGGCCGUCGCCUUCUUGCGGCGUUGAAGGCUGCUGGUUCGCGUUAUCUGUUUUCUUUGCCUGCGCGCCUGCCGCUCGUCCGGCGGCGUUUCUCCGUUCCCAAGUCACCCCACAAGCACCGGAAAGCCGUGGAGCAGUUCGAGAUCUGCGAACGGAGAAGAAUCAUCGACGUCCACCGAAGAGACUACCUCGCAGAAGCCGAGCGCCGAGGUGACCGCGGGCCGUCCAGGUGGGGGAAAAUGCCCUGGCCAAGCAGGGAAGGAGCAGAAGAAGAAAGAGAAGACGAAGAAGAAAGAGAAGAAGGCAAAGAAGAAGGCGAAGAUGGAGGAGGAGCAAGAGGACAUCGAAAAGAGGAAGAAGGCAGAAAGUUGAGGAAGAGAAGGAGAAUGACUGACGUGACGGAAGAGGCAGCAGUGAAGGGUCUGUUGACGGUGGAUUUGCCUGACUUGGUUCGCUACGAUCUUCGCUAUGAGCCAUAUCGCAGGCCUCUGAAAGCGAAGGCCAUCUACGCCAGGAUGCAGUACCGCGAGCGAUGGACAUCCAAGUACUUUGAAUAUCUGCAAAACCGAGAACCACUACAGAGAGCGCAUGAGCCGUCGGCGAAGAGGCUUGCCGCCGUAUCGGCCGCGAAUGAAGUUUUUUGGAGAUUUUUCGAUGGAUCCGGAAGACCUGAAAAACAUGCCUGGCAACGAUCCUUAUGCGCCCUACGUUCCUGCGCCUCGGCCGCCGGACGCGCCGCCUCGCGUCAAGCGAGUGAAGAGGGAGAAGAAGAAAAAGAAGAAGGCAGGCGGCGAGAGAAAGAGGAGACCUGCUGGGAAGAAGAAGUGCCUCCCUCUUGUGUCUCUGCGUCCCUACCGGCGGGAAUAUCCUAUUCAGGUUCUUCUGUCGCCUCUUCGCCUGCCUGUUCAGCACCUUGCAAACUUGUUUCUGCUGGCAUCGAUCUUCAGAGUACAAGUGGAGCCCCCAGAAAAUCGAGCGAGUACGAAGACUCUUUCGAAACAUUCUUGUCUCCUGCAGUCAUGCCAGAAGAGAUCCGAAAACAGCAGCUGGAGAAGAGCAAACCAGCCGCGGUGUCGAGUGUCUCAGGAGGAUUAGGCGACAACACACCAUCGAGCGUAACAGCCCACGAGAAAUCGGAGGGGGGCAGAGAGAAAGUUGACGACUCACGCGUUUUCACUCACGACGAAAGGAGAAGCAAAUGUGCUUGGACAGAGAGAGAGGAAUGCAGGAAUUCCGCCUUUCUGGAGGACGCAAGUUUCGCGGCGCAUGCACGAUGUAAAAGACGGCGACGAGGAAAGCAAGACGCGCCGCGGGGUGGCUGGGGAACUGAAAAAAAACCAACUGUUUCGAGACCUGCAAGCGAAGGGCGAGAGAACGCGGAUGAAGCCAAGAACGCAUGCGAUGCAGAUGGUCGAGAGAGAGGUGCUGUCUUGCCACCAGAUGAUGAGAAUGAGGAGAGGCAGACAGGUUCAAUUUCUGCUUCCAGCGGCCCUUCUUCGUUUUCUGCUUCCUCUCCCUUUCCUUUUGCGAUUCGAGGCGCCUCAGUGGAAGGUUUCAGCGUAAAUGAAGGGGAAGCAGUGAAUAAAGUGACCGAACCCAGCGAAAGGGGAAAGGAAAAAGCUGGCGGAGACGCGGGUGCCAUCGAAAAAGGAAAGCAGGAGACAGAACCAGAAGGCGGAAACCAAGGAGGGAAAGACACGGACGGAAGAGAAGCGGACGAAGAGACGCUUUUUGAAUUCGAUGAAGAUGAUCUGUGGCUUCUCCUCUAUGAGAGACAGCGGCAAGCAAGUGACGGAAGGUGUCCUCCGGUAGCUGUGGACUCGACAGAAUCCGACAGUCUCCUUGCUGAGACGCAACUCUCCGAAGAGUUGAAAGCUGUCGUGACGGAUGCGCUGGCGAAGCGAAUCGUCUACUCCGAAAAGUAUCAGGACUCUGCUUACGAGUACAGAGCGGUGACUCUGCCCCUACAGCACCCUUUUCUCUCUCACAGUCUCUCUCCCCUCGCCGACGCCAUCCGAAGAGAACGGAGAAGAAUGUCGGAGAAAGUCUGGAGGGCGUUGGGAAUUAGAAUGAGUUGCGGGUGGCGGCACUGGGGUUGGAGUAUGUACGAGCCGAACGUCCUCUUUUUCGCGCGGCCAAAGUGGACAGACGGCGUUACCGGGAUCCCUCCGAUAUCUGCCACCUUCGCCGCAAAACGGCACGACCGCAUGCGCGAGUUGCUAGCCCAGGACGUGGCGAAGGGGAUGAGUGUCGUCUCCCAGAAACUUCGCUCGGCCCUCGUGGCCACACAAGACUGCUGCCUUAUGACCGACACGGAAGACGAUAAGAGCGCAUCUUCGAUCUGUGGUGUGUACCAAGACUGCAUACGAUAGUCACAAAAUAUUCCAGAAAUGCUGCCAAGGAGGCUCUUCACGCGACAGAUCACUCAAUGAAGCAAACAUGUGAUGUUCGCGUGUUAUGAGAGUCCCACCGACUCAGGUAGACAAAAAAUGUAAAUUGAAGUGGAAACAUAUCGAACAUGGUCUUGGGAGAAUGCCCGACAGACACACGUUUCCGCAGAAGGGAUUAGAAAGCGGAUCGAACAUCACGGUAUUAUAACUCGAGACGGCUCAAAAUGGGCCUGAAAAAGACUACGUCUAUUUUCCAUCUGUUUUUUCGUAAUCACGCGUUAUACCACCAACGUAGGAAUAUGCGGAAUCGACAGAUUGUCUUUGGAAGCGAACUCGAAAUGUCUGUAUUCGAGGUCUGCUGAGAAUAAGCUGGUCAGCUGGUGCAUAUUGCGCGCACAGCAGAGCACCGGUACAGACACAAUAUCUAUCUAUAAUGUGAUAAUUGCAAUACAAGGUUUACCUAUGGGCUUUUUGUCCUUAAUACCAACUUUGCACGGAGGAUCAGUGAUUUGUACCUGAUCCGAAAUUGUUUUAUCAGUCCAAUAAUGUGUUCAAAUCACUUAUAUGUCCCGGAAAUGUCUCCCUAAACGAAGAAAUGUGGAAAAAAUCCCGGCGCACAUCUGCGCCCGUAUGUGGGGGAAUAUAUGGUCAUCUAUAUAAAUGGAAAACAAGGACCUUCCAGGAAAUUUUGUCAGCAGAACACAUAUCGAUCGUACUUGAGAGUCGAAGAAACCUACGACGUAUGCGUAUUUGUUUCUUUCCAUGAUUAAGCUCCGUCUGCUUUCUAUAAAAGGGAAGCGAAAACCUACGCUGUGCACUGACUGUUUGUCAGCGUUGAACAUUUACAGAAAUCAACCUGUCAACACCUUGCACGAUGCAGUGUAUUCCCUGAAUUAAGAAUGGCAUUGUAUUUGCAA